CACCAUCCAACGUCAAAUUUCGCCCCUAUGCAGCGAGCAGGCCGGGAAGCUCGUUUUUAUUGACACAAAAUUCCUCUUCCCAAACCCUCACGGCGACCUCGCAUCGAUACUGCCACCCCCAGACCAGUGUCUUCAUGAUGGAGGACGACCUUUGCAGGACCGUCAGAGGUCGCGCCGCCCGGCUGAUACCGCUCCUGCACGACACAGCGGAGGGCUACACGCAUGGGGAGAUGGAGCACUCGCAGGCUAUGGUCAAUCUCAACGAAGGUCAGCUCGUCCGAGCGCACCUGGCGGCGCACAUCGCAGAGCUCACGCGCACGCUCGAUGCGCUCGACCUUGGCAUCGCCACCUGCCGUACAGCGGUCGUGCCCGUCAACAAGCUUCCGCCUGAGAUUCUCGGCGAGGUCUUCGCUUGCGUGAUACACGAGGCGGCGUGCGCGACGGACGUGCGGCGAGGGCCGUGGCUGCUGUCCCACGUCUGUCACCGGUGGCGCGCGCUCAUCCGCGACAUGCCCGCACUGUGGACCGUCGUGGACGUGGGGGACCAUGCAUUCUCGAGGCGCAACGCACAUAACCUCGUCAAAACAUACCUGAAGAGGUCCGGAAAGUUGCUCGUGACCUGCAGCUUAUCCGCCUCGCCUUCGCAGCCGGUUGCCGCGGUAGAGACCUUGUUCAACGUGCUCCUCCUCUACAGCGCUCGGUGGCGGAGUGCGUGCUUCGCUCUGGACGCGAUAUGCUUCGACCGCCUUAUGCCGCCGCCCAAGCCGGGAUUUGCGGCGUUGGAGAGCGUCGAACUCCAUCUCACGGGUAAGCCCGAUUCCGCUGGUGCGCCUCCACUCGGAAAUCCCCUCUUCGCAGCGGCGCCGCGCCUUCGCAGGGCGCUCGUGUCGGGCACCCAGCAUCGCGCCUUUUCCUUUCCCUGGAAACAGCUGGAGUACUACGUCGGCCAGGUCGUGACGUAUGAUGGCCGCUGUGUUCUUCCCGAGAUGCGUGCUCUACAACGUUGUAGUCCCUCCGUGCACGCUACCCGACCCAUUCCACAGCCACCGACACCCCACCUGCUGCCUUCUCUCACGAAGCUAUGUGCGAAUCAUGGGACGAUCAUCGACGCGAUUUCUACGCCUAUGCUCGCCGAGUGCGCUUUCGGUAGCGGCCCUCGGCUCGAGCAGAUCUCAUCUCUAGUCCAGCGCUCGGCAUGUUCUCUACGCGUCCUGCGUCUCAUCGACAACCCGAUCCCUCUCGACGGCGUAUUAAACUUGCUUCAGCUCUGCCCGGACUUACGCGAACUUGCCAUCGGCUGCAUGCUGCGUGCGGACGUAGAGAUAUACUGCGUCCUCACUGCACUGAUGCCGCGCCAGGGCGGAAGUUCGCUAGUCCCCGCCCUGGAGCGUCUUUCCUUCAGCCCUUUCCAACAUAGCUUUGACUGUACCCCAUUCGUAGAGCUCGCUCGAAGUAGAUCUCCCGCUGCCGGUGGACGAUUACUCAGUAUCAGCAUCCUCUUGAGUCAAUGUACGUUGGACAACGCGGACUUGUACGAUACACUGCGAAGGGACGCACCCGAACUUGGUAUACAGGAGGUCAUAUUGAUGGAGGACUUCAGUGUCAGCGACGAUAUAGUCAACUCGUGGCUGGAUGUAUAAUAGUCUUUCUGGACUAUAGAGGCAGGCUUUCUAGUGUGUUAUCU